ACCAAAGUGCUAACAAACUGCCCUUGAUGGAGUCAAAAAAAUACAAGAUCCAACAUGCAUCUCGUGUUUUUGUCGUCUGUACGUGGCGGUAGGAUUCUGGGAACGCCCAAGUAGGAAGCUGAGAGCUGCUGCUGCUGCAAACGGGUUAGCAAUCAAACCGAUGUUGACAACGAAUGUGGCUACAAUCUUGGAUUAUACUAUUUUUUCCGUCGUAGCAUCUGUUCACCUGAUGCGCGAACGUAUAUCUUAACACCAUCUACUCAUCUGUUGCAUGUACUGUGUUUGUACUGUUGCACUAGCACUAUGGAGCAUAUCCGAACACCAAAGGUCGAACAGGUGAAGUUGCUGGACCGUUUUAGUAACAAGACGGUCACCGGCACGCUACACCUGACAGCCACCCAUCUCAUCUUUGUGGAGAGCAACUCGACCAGCGCACAGGAGAUAUGGAUCCUGCACCACCACAUCGCCUCAGUGGAGAAGCUCCCGCUGACCACCACCGGCUGUCCGCUGGUCAUCCAGUGCCGGAACUUCCGCCUGGUGCACUUCGUGGUGCCGCGGGAGAGGGAUUGCCACGACGUCUACAGCUCGCUGCUCAGGCUACUGCGGCCAGCGUCCUAUGACGAGCUGUACGCCUUCUCCUACAACCCCAAGCAGAAUGACCAGCAGAGAGGGGAGGGGUGGCAGCUCGUUGACCUGGGCACAGAGUUCGAGCGCAUGGGCGUGCCGUGCGACCAGUGGCAGCUGACCGACGCCAACAGAGAGUACAAGGUGUGUGAUACAUAUCCCAGAGACUUGUACGUGCCCAUCACUGCCAGUAAGCCUAUCAUCGUGGGCAGCUCCAAGUUCCGGAGCAAAGGCCGAUUCCCUGUCCUCACCUACUUCUACCAGGAGAAAAAGUCAGCCAUGUGUCGGUGCAGUCAGCCCCUCUCUGGCUUCAGUGCGCGCUGCCUGGAAGACGAGCACAUGCUUCAGGCCAUCAGCAAAGCCAAUCACAACAGCAGCAGGUUCAUCUACGUGGUGGACACAAGGCCCAAGCUGAAUGCUCUGGCCAACCGAGCCGCAGGGAAAGGCUACGAGAACGAGGACAACUACUCGAACAUCCGCUUCCAGUUUGUGGGCAUUGAAAACAUCCACAUCAUGAGAGCCAGUCUUCAGAAGCUGCUCGAAGUGGUGGGAACACGCUCUCUCUCUGCCACGGAGUAUCUAGUGGGGAUUGAGAGUUCGGGCUGGCUGAGGCAUAUCAAGGCCAUUGUGGACGCUGCCAUCUUCCUCAUGAAGGCUAUGACAGUAGAGGGCGCCAGCGUGCUGGUCCACUGUUCAGAUGGCUGGGAUCGCACGUCCCAAGUGUGCUCCUUAGGGGCUUUGCUGAUGGAUCCAUACUACCGCACCAUCAAGGGCUUUAUGGUACUGAUUGAGAAAGACUGGAUCUCCUUCGGACACAAAUUUGCUGACAGGUGUGACCAGCUAGACGGGGACCCGAAGGAGGUGUCCCCGGUCUUCACCCAGUUCCUGGAGUGUGUGUGGCAGCUGAUGGAGCAGUUCCCGCAGGCCUUCCAGUUCAGCGAGUGGUUCCUCAUCCAGAUCCACGAGCACGUUCACUCUUGCCAGUUCGGCAACUUCCUGGGCAACUGCCAACGCCAGAGGGAGGAUCUCCAUCUGAAGGAGAAGACACACUCUCUGUGGGCGCACCUGUUGGCUGAGCAGCAGAACUACCUGAACCCGUUAUACGACCCCACCUUAGCAGAGACGCAGCCAGUGCUGGAGCCCUCCACCCAGCCGUUCCACUUCAAGUUCUGGAGGAACAUGUACCAUCAGUUUGACCGCUCCAUGCACCCGCGGCAGUCCAUCCUGAAGCAGGUACUGACGCUGAGAGAGAGCAGUCGGGAGCUGGAGAACACCAUCCGUAGCCUGGAGUCGAAGCUACAGACGUAUGGGGUGAGUGUGUCCCCAGUGGCGGUACGAGUGACCCGUCGUGAGCGCACGCUGCCCGCUCGGCCGCGCUCCCUCAUCCUGGGCGCCCCGCUCAGCUGCAAGGAGGCGCAGCAGCAGCAGCUGGACGACGAGCCCGUCGUGGAGGCCGAGGAGGCGCGAGAGGCGGAGGAGGACGAUGGUGGAGGGCUGGCCCGCAGCUGCGGCACUCGGACAGUAGAGGGCAGCAGCGCUACGGAGAACGGCUACGCGGAGCUGGACGAGGCGUUCAGCGGCAAGCCCAAGCCGGCCGUGGUCAGCCUGGAGUUUGGGGUGGCGCGCAUGACCUGCUGAGCCGGGCGAAGGAGCAGAGAUGGCGUCAAAUGGACAGGAGGAAUGGACUGGGUGGGGGGUGCCUUGUAGAUAUACGCGGGGAGGGGAAAUAAGGUCUGUGUGUGUGUGUGUGUGUGUGUGUGUGU